GUAUUUUGUGAGGGUUUUUUGGUAAUUUUUUCAAAAAUAAAGGAGAACUAAAAUUUAUUUUGAUUACUUUGACCCAAACUCUUAAAUCAGGUGAAUUUUUGUGUUUUGGUUUCUGGAAUAUAAAGAGUUUUGCUGCUUUCAAUGUCGACCAUGAUGCGGCUGUUUCAAUUCAGUUCUCUGACUGAAUCACAAGUCACUACCAUUGAUCCACCAUUCGAUCAAUUCUCUCUAUAACUUCAGUUCUGAAACUAUAUCAUAACCAUGGAUCUACCAUUCAAUCAAGGAGCAGAGAACCCUGCAAACCCCAAUCAAAAUCACCGCCCUCCAUUGAACUGUAAGCCCUCUUCAACCCUCUGGUUUCUUUCACUAUCUGUCCUUCUAAUCUCUCUCACUCUAGGAAUCGCAAACACCAGAUUAUACAAGCUACACUCUCUAAGAUCAACCUUAUCAGGACCCUUGCAACCCAUGACCCAAAAAACCCUAGAUUUAUCAGAACAAACCACCAUCUCCAAACCUCAAAUCAAUGUUCUAUGGAUGGCCCCUUUCCUAUCAGGAGGUGGGUAUAGCUCAGAGGCCUGGUCUUAUGUAACAGCUUUAGAGGAAACUGGUCAAACCAAUUUCAAUUUGAUGAUUCUUCAUCACGGUGAUCAAGAAGCCCUUGAUUUUUGGGAUGGUUUGCCUGAGAAAACCAGGCUUUUAGCACAAAAGCUCUAUUAUAGAGGACCUAUACCUCUGAACCAGACUGUAAUCAUAUGCCACAGUGAGCCUGGAGCUUGGUAUCCACCUCUCUUUCUCACUCUACCAUGCCCACCAACUGGUUAUAAAGAGGCUGCUUUUGUUAUAGGUCGAACCAUGUUCGAAACGGAUCGAUUAAAUCCCGAGCAUGUAGCUCGAUGUAACAAGAUGAAUUCGAUUUGGGUCCCUACUGAUUUCCAUAUCUCGACCUUUCUAAAAAGUGGAGUAAAUCCAACAAAAAUCAGAAAAAUAAUCCAACCAGUUGAUGUAGAUUUCUUCAAUUCUGAGAAAUGGAAGCCACAAAAGAUUCAGACCUUGGGUCGACUGGUUUUAGGCCGCCCCAAUUCACAAAAGAGCUCAGAGCUUCUUCCCAGUAAUGCAGACUUUGUGUUCUUGAGUGUUUUCAAAUGGGAAUUCAGGAAAGGGUGGGAUAUCUUACUAAAAGCUUAUUUGCAAGAAUUCGAAGCAUCUGAUAAUGUCUUUCUCUCUCUGAUCACGAAUCGCUAUCACUUUGAUGAGGACAUUGGUACCAAGAUCAAAGAAUUCUUAGAGAAUUCUAAUAUGACAGAACCCAAUUCAGGUUGGGCUCCAAUAAAUUUAAUUGAUGCCCAUAUUCCACAAAGGUGUUUGCCUGAAAUUUACAAAGGAGCUGAUGCUUUUGUUCUUGCUUCAAGAGGAGAAGGAUGGGGGAGGCCAAUUGUAGAGGCCAUGGCCAUGGCUUUGCCUGUGAUUUCUACAAAUUGGUCAGGGCCUAGGGAGUAUAUGACAGAGGAGAACAGUUAUCCAUUGCCAGUAGAAGGGAUGAGAGUGAUUGGAGAGGGACCAUUUAAGGGGCAUCUUUGGGCUGAGCCCUCAGUGAAUGGGUUGAGGAUUUUGAUGAGAAGGGUUUGGUUGAAUGGUGAGGAGAGGGAGAGGAAGGGGAAGAAAGGGAGGGAGGACAUGGUCAGGAGGUUUUCUCCUCAUGUGGUUGCAAGGGUGGUGGUUGAUGAGAUAUUGCAGUUGUUAAAGGAGGAAAUGUAGAUAAUGCCUAUUGUAUGAAUUUUUUGAUUUUUCAUUUACUCAUGACUUAUUUGUUAGGAAAGAACAUCAUCAUCUUACUUUUAUUUCAAUUAAUUAGGGUCCAA